AUGGUGGACAAACCUGCUUCCACGGUCCGCAACGAGAUCGGAGCUGUCCCGACCAGUAUGCAGCAACUAGCGGUUUCCAACACCUUGAUUCUCGAGGCCCCCGGUGUCGACUUGACCCCGUACAACAAGAUUCUUGUCGGCGCUGUGCUAGAUCUCUUCGAAGGAAAGCCUACCCUCAAGCACCUGUCCCUCUGGAAUCCCGAUGCCACUUUCGUCGACCCUAUAACCACGGCCCAAGGGUACAAUCGAUAUGCCGCACAGUGGUAUGCCCUUGCGCAAGUGCUCGGUCCCGUUAAAAUCCAAUCCCACGAGGUCGUCUCGUCCGGGAAUCCAAUCGAGGUCAAGCUCCACAACAGAUACACAUUGCCGCCAAUCAACAAGACACAGGAUAUUCACAGCUUGGUCAAGAUUUGGGUGGAUGGCAAUGGCAAGAUAGCUAGAGUGGAGGAUAGGUGGGAUGGGGAGUUGCCUGAUGGAGCGCUCAAUGAGACAGUGUUUUGGUUCGCUGAGGCCGUGAUGCGAAAGAUGAGGAGUCUGCUGGAUGCUGCAUUCCGGGUGUAUUGCAGUGCAGCUUGGUGGCUACUUCCUAUCAUGGCUUUCCGAAAGGCAUUCGCAAUGACCAUACCCGUGAUUGUCAAGGUCCCCAGGACUGAGGAAGAGGACAUUCAGAUGAGGGCAAUUUUGGAAGGGUUCCAAAACAAGAAGGAAAUAACGAUUUUAUAG